AUGACCUUCCAACAAGAAUUCGCCUCCUGGUUCGCGCCCAAGGUCCCCCCGACCUCCGAGCCCCCCAAAAUCGGCGACGUCGCCCCAACGACCACCAAGCUCCCCCUCGACAACAACAAGCAAACCGUCAUCGCCUUCCUCCGCCACUGCGGCUGCCCCUUCGCCGAGAAGACCUUCCUACGCCUGCGCGAAGCAGCCAAAACGCAUCAAGAUAUUGACUUUAUCGCCGUCUCGCAAUCUGAAGACGGCUCGACGGACAAAUGGCUGAAGUCGCUGCCGCAGUAUGGCACGGAGCCGUCGAAUCUUCAGAUUGUGAUUGAUGAUAAGAAGGAGGUGUAUUCGAAGUGGGGCAUGGGGAUUUCCAGCUGGGCGCAUGUUCUUGCCCCAGGCGCGUUGAGCAAUCUGUUCACAUUGGCUGGGGAGGGAAUUAAGAAUCGGCCGACGGAGACGGGGAGUCGAUGGCAGAUGGGUGGUGCGUAUGCUGUUGGUGAGAAUGGGAGGAUUAAAUGGGGUGGACCCGCUCCUAGAGCGGACGAUGUGCCGGAUUUUGAGGAGGUGGUGAAGAAGUUGAGUACUUGA